CUCAUGGGUGCUGGUGAGGUUCGUUAUUUCUGCGCCACAAGGGGAACGCCGAGCUGAGCUCUUUUAGACACAUGCACGUUCAGGCCGCUCCUGCAGGUUUGGGGUCUGGCUCGGCAGUGCUCUGAGGAGAGCUGACCUCUUCACUUGAUUGUUUGAACCUGAGGGCCCCUCCUGCCCUAACCCUGGGUCUGGAUAGUUUAACGUUGGAGGGGCCGCGGUUUCAAGACCGCUCCCAGCCUUCGAGAUCGAGGCCCUGCCCCCACCCCGCUCCCUGCUGGCACAGACAAGUCCCUCCUGGUGGGUAACUCGGGGUUGGUAGGAUUUGUCCUCCAGCAGGAAGAGUUUUGAGCACGAAAGGCAGCACUAGUGGCGGCGGUGGGGGUGGAUUCCGGGAUGAGAGACGCACCAGGACUUCCCCGGCCACGCGUGGGCAUCCUGGCUCGUCCUUCGUCUGCCACUGUUGCUAACAAUGCGGCGCUGCAGGCCCAUCUGUGAGUGAGCCAAUAGAGUUAACAUUAUUUUUAACGUGUUUACAAGGCGCUAACUCUCAUGGCCACGUUUCUUUCCAGUGGACGUCGCUGUGGCAAGAGCAAGUCUGCUCGCGAGAGCGCCUGUUGGGUUGGGUGACCUGCCCACACACAGGGGGACGCUGUUUCUUCCUGAGGUCGCUGCGGAAGCUCAAGGGAAGGAGUGAACUCCGGCGGGAAAGUGGGAGCUUUCCCAUUUGACUGGAGGGCUGGGCCCCGAGACCCUGUGCCUGGGGGCUUUGCUCUCUCCACGGGAGGGGAGACGGUGCCCUGGGUGGGGGGGCUCCCCGGUGCAGGAAACAGCCAAUUUUAGACAGAGAACGUACUGAGAACUUUCUGAGCUCAAAAGUACCUUCAAAGUUCGAAAAAAAUUCCACCGUCUUUUAGAAACAGCGAGAUCAUUUUUGCUCCAGCUUCAGUUACUCCUGUUCUUCGUUCAGGAGUUUCGCCCCAGCCCCACCCUGUCAUAACCACUUAACGCUUUCCUUUAAACCGACUUGCUUUUUUUAUGGAAAUGAGUUUGGUUUUAAAGGGAAAUUAUACCAAUAUCACUUGGCUUCUGGCUGAGUAUUUUUUAAAUAGCUGCCAAGAUCGGUGUGUAGCUCGCGAAACGCACCUCGGAGGCCAUCUAGCCCAGCUCCGUCUUCCCCACACACCUGCCAAGGGGUCUCCACCCCCCUCCACCCAGGAAGAUGCACCCCAGGAAGGCUGGGAGCCUGGGGGUGUCCCUCGCCUGUGGACUUUGCCCUCCGAGGGGACAAAUGGGACUCUGACCCCAGGACGCAGGAAGGCCCCUGUCCGCUGAGGUGCCGUAGGAAGGAUUCUGGCUCCAAGCAGCUGCAGCUGUUGACUUUGGGCAGGACUGAAUUACUUGGGGCGUAUUUUUUUUCCAUGACAUUUGCCUCCUAAUAAUAAAUCGACAGAUGCAGUCGUCUUGUGCUGCCUUUACCAUGACAUCUGCCAGCACCUCACAUGUUUUGGUUUGCAGAUGCAGCCAAGAAACAGACUUAUCGGGGAGGCCUCACCCUGCGCCCUUGGCCUCCGCGCAGCCGCAUCCAAAGGGAGGACACGGAGCCCAGGCUCCUCCGACUUCCUGCGGCGCCUCGCAGGACGCCCUCCCCGGCCCGGGCCCUGGCCUGGCCGCUCAUGCGGGGCUUUUCCGGGGAUUGGGUGCAGGGAGCGGUGCUCUCUGUUCUUGAUUGGCUGCCAGGAAAUGCCAGCCAAGAGCCUGUGUCUGGAAGUAGGGAUUCACACGGGCGGCAGGAUCCGCUUUUCGCAAAGGGCAGAAGCAGGCAGGACUGAGCCAGCGCGUGCUGAUAAGCUAAGGUGGCAUUCUCAGGGAGCGUCUGAUGACCCAGGGUGCCCCUCCUUGUUCCCUCUGCGGGGACACCUUGGGGGUUCGGGGCCGUCUAGUCUAGCCGGCGACGUUUCCCACUGCGCUUUCCCAGCUUGGCCCGAGGGUUCCGGCGCCGGCGACAGUGAUCCUAAAUCCUAUGCCUAAAAGCGGGAUGUUUUGGGGAACCUCGGGCGUGUGGGGAGCAGGUCGAGGAGAUGGUGUCCAGGCCACGCCGUUCCUGCUCGGCACUCCCGACUCUGCGCUCCUUCCAUACGUGCAAACCACCAGGGUCCAGAAGAACUGGCGAGUGCGAGGCUGGGCCCUCAGCAAACUUUUGCUGAAUAUUUUUGUCCACGUGUAUAUUUUUAAACGUGUUGUCAUGGAGAUUUCUAAGUACACCGAGGUGGGGGUGAGCCCAGGGCCCUGGCAUGGCUGCGGUACCACCAGCCCCUGUGCGCCGCUUUCCUCUGAGCCCCAGCCUUUCUCCACAUGUCCUUUAAAACAUCUAAAUCCCAGAAAACAUGUCCUCUCGCCCCAGCUCUUUCCGAGCUCCCUGGGGUCUGUCCACGCCGCUGUCUUCCUCCCCCUGGAGGAGGGCACGCUGGGGUCACGGACCUGCUCUCCCCGCCUCUUCUCCACGAAGCCUGAUCACGGCACAGACCUGGGGACCCCAGCCCGGAAAGUAGCCUGUGAGCCCCGUCUCCUGAGGUCUCCACCCAUCGGGCAGAUGCCCUUAACAGCCCCUGAAAGGAUCGUUGGCGAUGCCCCACGCGAAAGGGAGACGUUUCCAGUGGCCAGGCAGAUUUCAGCCACGGUCUCUUUAAAAGACCGUGCGAUGUCAGUUGUCACUGUCGUGUGGAAAGAGCUGGCCGUGGCCGGCUGCGGGGCCCCCUGGCGCUGUACUAAUAGCAGGGCCGUGGGGCCCGCUGGGGCCGGGAGCCGGGGAGAGUGGGACAGCUGUGGCGACAUCGCACCACACUCUGGGCACGUGGUCCGUGUCCCUGCCCCGCGCCCGUCUUCUCCUUGUAGGGUCGGGAAAGGGCUCGAGCUGCCAACACCAUUGGCGAGGGGGCGGCCUUUAGGGGGGCAGGGGUGGGCAGAGGGUUGGGCGGCCCGAGCUCGGGGUCAGCUUACGCUGUUACUGGAGGCGGAGGCACAUGCGGGCCGAAUGGGGGGCUGGCAUUCAAACAACUGGGGGAUUGGGUUCUCUAUGCCAAGGCUGGGCAGAUAUUUUUAAAUGUCCCGGGACAAAUGGAAGCCCGGUUGGCGGCGGGUAGAGGGGCCGGGGGAUUUGGAGGACACCGCUCUGCCAGGCUCCAUGCAGUUGGAGAGCUGGGCGGGAUUAGCGUCUGGGAAGAGGCCCAGAUGUCGGGUUCAGCGCAGAGGUAGCAGGGGGAGCAUCUGAUGAGCGGUCGGCGCCGGCGGGUGGGCCGAGGGCCAGGUGAGGACCGAGCGGGUGCUGGGGGCAGGGGCACGCCAAGGAGGGUCUGGCGUCUGGGGUCGGCAGGGCUGAGACCCGGCCCAGAGGAGCGCACGGGGUGCAGCCUGCGGUCCAGUCCAGGUCCCGUGUCAGACAGCGCCGCGCGCCAGCCUCAGGGCCGCUGUCAUCAGCACCCCUGUCCCCUGUGCCCCCCAUCACUGCUCACGCGCCCGGCUGGCCAGUACCCUCCCCGGGAAGGAGCAGGCCCCCGGAGGUCGAUGCCUGGUCGCCGCCGCUGUUGUUCCCGGCCCAGACUAACCUGUGACCACCUGCAUCCCGAAUGGCGCUUGGGAGCGGCCCCCAGGCCCGAGCCCCCCGGAGACGGUUGUCUCACCCGCACAGACCUCGUUUUCGUUAGGUCUGACUUAAGGACCACCGCCGACGCUGAGUCCUGAGCCUGGAGAUUUGACUUCCGGCCUAAGGGAGCCUCUCGUCGGCUGGGGCCCGCUGCCCCCCGGCCCCUGAGGCUGAGGGGCGGCCGCCCCCUGUUGGUGAUUCAUGGACCCGCCGUCCCCGCGCCUCCACCUGGCCCCGUCACUCCUGGCCGAGCAAGGCCUGGCCUCUGGAGGCAUUUGCACGUGCCCUCCACCCCAGCAAAGUGGAGCUAUUAUUAUCCCACGAGGAACGAGGGCCUUUGGAAUGAGCCUCUGAGCUGCUGGCCGGGGCCUCCUUGACUUUGCUGUGACAUUGGGCCGGGAGACCUGGGCUCGUGGACGUUCUCUGGGUGGCCCAGCCUGGGGGGGCAGGGAAGAGGGCAUCGAGCCUUCACCAGGGCCUCGGCUGGGCCCAGGAGACCAGUGGGGAGGCCCAGUUUUCUCCCUGCGGCCUCUUCACAGCCUGAACAGCAGAGUGAGAGCAGUUAGGGUGGCACCUCCAGCCUCUCCGUGUCUCGGCCUCUCAGCCGUGGUGAUGGCAGCUGAGGAGGCACCGAGGAGGCCAGGGCAGCUCCCAAAGCCGGGCGUGGCCCUUCAGCCCAGGGGAAGGAGGGAGGGCCGUGGGGGGGGGGUUCUCAGGGGCCCUUGAGUCAAUUCCUCUCCCUGUGCAGAAUUGCCUCCUUGUCCUCUGCGAUCUCAACGCCUCUCCCAUGUGUCCAGGCCCCUGGGAAGGACCCAGGACAGCUGUGACUCUGGCGGGGCCUUCAGGGCCACCUCCUCGAAGGCUUAGAAGAACUGAGGCUCCGGGCCGUAGGAGCGGCACUCAGGGUGGGAGCAGCACGGAGAUGGGAGCAGCACUGGGUGGGGGGCGGGGGGGCUGGUCCUGCACCGCCUGCCGCACGUGAUCUGGGCGCCAAGGAGCCUUCCUGGUUUGUUGGUCCCUCUUAUUUGCUGUGUCUCGUGGUGCCACCCCGUCCCAGACAGGAAAGGACUGCGUUCACCACCCAGUCUCUACAGCGGCCCUGCCGGGAAGCUGAGGCCCAGAGAGGCUGCCCCGCUGGCGAGUGCUGUGCCCAGAUCCGAGCCCAGGUGCCGGGUCGGGCUCCAGAGCCUACCUUCCAAACCACUGCCUUCGAGUGCCGCUGCCUGGGGCGAGGGGCUCCAGGCGGGGUCCGAGGUGGUCUUGGGCUGAGUCAGGAGCCUGGCAGGUUCCAAGCUGGGGAAGGGCCCUGGCACGGGCAGAGCUGGCCGUGGCUUCUCCUCUGCGGCCCUGUUCUCGACGGUGUGGAAGGGCCCCUAGUACUGUGGACCUUUCUGCAGCCCUUUGGGGCUCAGCCUGGCCUCAGAUCUGGGUCCUUCUGGCCUGGUGCCCACGUGGUAGGGAGGUUGUCUCAGCUGGGGUGAUGGCCGAGUGGUAGGCAGAGCAGUGUGUGCGGCGACCUGACCUCCAACGGCGCCUCCCUCGUGCAGGGGCUGCUCAUCUUCAUCCCCGUGGACGGGAUGUUACCGGUUUUUCUGGGGUUUUUUGGACCCUGGAGAGGAGCAGUGCCUGGGGCCGCUUCUCCACCCCCGAUGGGAAUCACAGGCCCCGGGGUCAGCGGGGACUGUGGGUUCAGGUGAAGGGGUCUCCUGGACACCCCCGGGCUCCCGCUGGAGCCCCUCCCAGCGUCCUACCUGGAUGGUUGACAUUCCCGGGGCUCGAGCCUUGGCACAGCUGCAGGACCGACGCCGGUGGCACCCCUUUCUCAGGAGACUCCUUGGGGUGGGGGCUCCUCUGGCCCCCCGCCCACCCUGGACACCUCUUGGACCUGUUCACGGAACCAGCCUUGUGGCCACAGGUAAGUGACGUGACCCGCGUGGGCUCCCUUGUGCGUGUGAGGCCUGGGUGCAGAGGGGGUGGUCUCCGCAGCUCUGUCAUCUGUCACGAGCAAGGCUGCACGGUGGGGUCCCCCCCACCCCGGCCUGCUCCACGGGAUAGGCAGGAGCAUCACGGAGCUCCCCAACUCCUUCCUCUGGCCAGCUGGAAGGUUCCAGAGAAGCUCCUCUAAGCUUGAUCCUCGUGCUGUGCCCUUGCCUGGCUGCAGGCCCCGAUGCCCUAAUGCUGUUACCUCUGAGCGGGUGGUUGGGCUACGGGGACAGAAAGGCCUUGGAGAGCUCCACUCAACCCAUGCCAUUACAGCCUGCUCUCCAUCUGAAAAGGGGCCACAGAUUCAAAGCCGUGACUGUUUCUCUCUUACGUUAACGCCAGACAACAGUCCAAAGAGGCCUGUGAGUAGCAGCUGCACCGAGGGCUGUUUUGGCAGGUGAAAGAGACAUGCGUGGAAGGUCCAUCUGAGUGGGACCUGGGGAGGGGGGAGGCGGGGGCUGUUGGUCCUGUUAACCUUUCCCCCUUUUUGUCUUUCUUUCCACCCAAGCCUUUCUGCUUUCAAGUGUCCUUGGAGCCAACCACAGCCGUGUCCCCUUUGAAGCUCUGACACUACUCCGUGUGGCCACCACAGAGCCUCAGUAAUGCCGCCUCCCUGACCCGGAAUCUUAAUGCUUCGGCCUCUUCUUGAUGGGAGUCUAGCCGUGCUCUCCGAAGGGAAGAGGCCCCACCUGCUCCUCCGGCCCGUGGCGGCCACUGGGCACGGAGGCGAAAACCCCGUCCGUCGUCCUGCUGCUCUGGCCUCCAGUGUCUCCCCACCACCUGGAACACGCCCACCCCACCUCGGCCUUGAGCGUCGGCAGCCCCCGCCCCCGCCCCUUCGUGGGAUGCUUGUUCGCUGCCCACCGGGUGAUGGCUGCGCCGCCGUGCAGACUGUGACAUUCUCCAGCCUCUGUCUCCACGUGUGGUGCCCAGUAGGUGCCUAAUAAAUGCGUGUGGAAGGAGUAA